GCCAUUUUGAAAACCUUGUUGAUUCCGGGGAGAGAGAGUGGAGAGAGUGACCCAUCGGCGGGACGGCGGCUCCGUGCGCGUCGUUCUCGCUUUCUCUGUGUGCCUGUGUGUGGUGCCGCCCCGCCCGCCUCCUCCCGCCCUCCCUGUCUUUCCCUCCCCCCCUUCUCUUUCUCCUUCUCCGGUAACUGUCGCCUUCAGCUGCCGCGCCCGAGGAAGGAGCCAGAAGCCGGGGCUCGAGCUGAGCUGAGAACUAUACACCAUGUCUUCUGUUGCUUCCUCAAAGGAAGAUACAAUAUCAUCUGAAAAAGCAGAUGAGAAGCAACCUGAAGCCGAAAACAAAGCUGAGGAAAGUGAUGAAGAUGAAGAAGAGGAAGAAGAGGAGGAGGAAGAAAAGGAGAAGAGUCUCAUCGUUGAAGGAAAAAGGGAGAAAAAGAAGGUAGACCGACUGACCAUGCAAGUGUCCUCGUUGCAAAAGGAACCUUUUACAAUUACACCAGGAAAAGGACAAAAACUCUGUGAAAUUGAAAGGAUACAGUUCUUUCUGAGUAAAAAGAAGACGGAUGAACUUAGGAACCUGCACAAACUCCUCUACAACAGGCCAGGCACUGUUGCUUCCCUCAAGAAGAAUGUGGGUCAGUUCAGUGGGUUCCCAUUUGAAAAAGGAAGUGACCAAUACAAAAAGAAGGAAGAAAUGUUAAAAAAAUUUAGAAAUGCAAUGUUGAAAAGUAUCUGUGAAGUUCUUGACUUGGAAAGAUCAGGAGUUAAUAGUGAGCUGGUAACCAGAAUCUUAAACUUCUUAAUGCACCCAAAGUCUUCAGGCAAGCCGCUGCCAAAGUCCAAAAAAACACCAAGCAAAGGUGGCAAAAAAGAGCGCAGUAGCACUGGAACAACAAGGAAAGCAAAACGCACCAAGUGCCCAGAGAUCUUGUCAGAUGAAUCCAGUAGCGAAGAAGAUGAAAAGAAGGAAAAAGAUGACUCUUCAGAAGAAGGGGGUGGAAGGGCUGCUUAG